GAUGACGACAGAUGCAGCCAUUAUUAUUUAUGAUGCUUGCUUGACACUAAACCAUCACUUGGUCCUUCCCGCGGCAUCUCCGCUCGUCAAUCACCAUUUUUCCACGCACCAUACCCACUGAAAACCGUUUCCCCGCACACCAAACGCAUUGCAAAGCCACAUCAGGAAGGUGUACCAGCCACAUUUCCUGAGCUAUCCUGCGAUUUCCGUUGCCAGCAUCCAAAGCUUGACUGAAGCUUGAGUCCAAGUGCCUGUCGAUCUGCACGCUGGCACGCGUCUUCCCGGUUACGCUGGCGCGAAAAUCUGCACCCCGCUCCAAUUGACAUAACUACCGGCCUUCGCAACCCUCCCAGGAUUCGACAGCACGACCUCCUCUCCCUCGCGCCUGCAACCAUGAGCAGCAGAAACGCCACACGCAGCAGCGCAGACGAAGAAACGCCGCUUCUCGGCCGAAAUGGCUCCACCGGCGGAAAGUCGGAUAACAUGGGGACUGUGCAGCGGUUCAAACGGCACAUGAACUGCGAUGUCACCAAGAACUGGGCAGACCUUGUUUUGUUGUUUUGCUACAUUAUUACGGGCCUACUGGAUAGCUCGGCUGUCUUCAUAUGGGGCUCUUUCGUGAGCAUGCAGACGGGUAAUACCGUCUAUCUUGGACUGGGUGUUGUUGCACCAUCUGAGGGCAUUCGUUGGAUCAAGGCCCUAACGUCCAUUACUGCAUUCUGUGCGGGCUCGUUUUGUUUCGCGCGCUUUCAUCGUUACUUCUCGCCUGCCAAGAGAUGGGUGCUCAUUGUUUCAUAUUCUUUCCAGAUGCUGCUUAUCGCCGUAGCGGCAUUGAUCGCGACGGUCGGAAAGGAUACCAAGGAAGGCCUUCAUUGGCAGAUGCUUGUCCCACUUGCUUCGGUUGCUUUCCAGUCCAGUGGACAAGCGGUUACGUCGCGCGCCUUGAAGUACAAUGGUCUCACUAGUGUUGUGCUCACCAGUAACUAUUGCGAUCUGUUUUCCGAUCCGCAGUUGUUCAAGCUGUCGAACGUGGAGCGUAACAGGAGAAUUGGUGCACCAGCGAUGCUGCUUCUGGGAGCUUGCAUUGGUGGUCUAUAUGCCCACAGUAGUGUAGGCCUUGCAGGUGCCUUGUGGACUGCUUGUGGGUUGAAACUGCUUGCAGUUUUUGCCUGGGUUUUUUGGCCGUCGGAAAUUUUGGAGGAGUAAAAUUCGGGCCUGACAAGAAUUCAACUGGGUCCUGUUAGCCAGUCCCAACCAUGGUACGAACGCCUGCACAAAUUAUACCCUACAAUACUCUCCAAUGUAUACAUAAUCACCUACUUUGAUCGUUCUGCAAUUGUCAUAACCGCAAGUCUUCUUGAAUUACGUCUUGGUUAUCCCUUCUUCUCUCAGAUACCCUGUCUACGCUCUGAAAUGAAGCCCAACAAUGCAGGUUGCCCCGAACUUGUCAAGACCUGUGAAGACCAAUUGCUGCUCAAGCCAGAGGUCUAGGAAUUCGCUGGUUCUCAAAGCUGCCUUGCAGAAGCCACAGUAAUAGCGUUUGGUAUAGAAGGAGUCACUC